AUGAGUGCUGAUCGAUCGAAUCGACAUCUGAUCAGUGCUCGCCUGGAUAUGCUUGAGCAGAAUUGGAAUAAAUUUCAAGAAAAGCAUGAAAACCUAUGCCUAUCCGCCAGCGAGGAUCUGAGAGACCAUUCUUACUUGAGAGAACGCAUAUACGAACGCUGUCAAGCCUUCUAUGUUUAUGCUCGUGCCAUGUUAUUCACCCAGCUAGAAGAAUUUGAUACAGCGGAUCGACAUUCCAGAUCGUCGCUUUUAGAUCAAGGGGCGUCCCCACCGCCACAAGGGGCUUCCACACCGCAACAAGGGGCGUCCACAUCGCAACUGCCACGCAGUGCAUUACCGCGCAUUCAGCUGCCGAUUUUCUCCGGAGACUACCCAACCUGGAGAACGUUUCAUGACACUUUUACCUCUAUGAUAAAAUAUAACUUGCAUCUGACGGAUGUCGAAAAAAUGCAUUACCUGAAAACAUGCGUUAAAGAUGAAGCCGCACGAAUGAUAGGCAAUCUGUCUGUCUCCGGCGACAACUUCUUAAUUGCGUGGACUUUGUUUGGUAUCGAGGUAUGA